AUGAAGGAACUGGAGCAGGAAGGCGGGGCCGAGGCUGCCCAGCCAUCGAAAACUGUAGGAGCACCUCUGGAGCAGCUCCUGGCGUCGGCGGAGCGCAAGCUCAACUGGCGCAUCCUUCCCUUGAUGUCGACCAUGUCCAUGUUCUGCUACAUCGAUCGUGCCAACCUGAGCUUUGCCAGCGCCUCCAUGAACGAAGACUUGGGGCUGUCCACCGCCACCUACGGCCUGGGCGCAGGCCUGUUCUUCGCGACCUAUGCCACCAUGCAGAUCCCGGCCAACAUGGCGCUGUCCCGUGUGGGCGGCCGCCGCUGGCUGGCCUCCAUCUGCGUCGCCUGGGGCCUGGUGGCCGCCUGCUUCGCCGCCAUCAACUCCACCGCCGCCUUCCUCACCCUGCGCACGCUGCUGGGGGCCGGCGCGAUGCCUGGCAUGUGGUGCUAUGUCAGCUUCUUCUACCCGCGCGCCCGCCUCACCGUCCCCAUGACCAUCGUCAUGGCCGGCCUCUCAGUGGCGCAGGUGAUCGGGGCCCCGCUGGCCGUCGGCUUCCUUGCCCUGGACGGCGCCGGCGGGCUGGCGGGCUGGCGCUGGCUGUUCCUGCUCGAGGGCAUCCUCUCGGUGCCGCUGGGCUUCGCCAUCUGGUUCCUGCUGCCCGACAGCAUCGCCGCCACUCGCUUCCUGUCCCCGCAAGAAAAGGCGGCGCUGCGGGGCGAGAUGCGGCGGCAACGGCAGCUGGACGAGGUCGCGGCCAGCAGACUGUUUGCCAGGCAGCAGCAGCUUCAUCAGGAGCAGCAGGGGGGCAGCAACGGCAGCGGCAGCAAGGCAUCUCUCGGAGGCGGCCUGUAUGGCAGCACUGAGCGGCCUGGGCAGCUCGAGCUCGCUCCGAGGCCGGGCGGCGGAGAGCAGCCCUCUCAGCUGCACGGCCAGCAGCAGCAGCCGGGAGGAGAAGGCGAGGAGGAGGGUUGCGAGGAGCAGCACCACCAGCCCAGGCGCAAGCUCAGUGAGGACUGGGCCUCGCUGCGUGUGGCGCUGCGGUGCCCCGUGGCGUGGUGCGGCGGCACCUGGCGCAUGCUGCACGGCAUCGCGACGAACGGCCUGCAGUACUUUGUACCGCUCAUAAUACAGACCAUGCUGAACCAGACCACAUCCACGGUAGAGGUGACCCUUCUGAGUGCGGUGCCCUUUGCCGCCGCCGCCGCCUUCCACCUGCUCAACGCUUUCCACUCGCAGUACACCGAGGAGUGGCGGUUCCACAUCGCCGUGCCGUGGGUGGUGGGCGGCGCCUUCAUGGCGGCACUGCCCGCAGUCACAGGCUCCAGCAACAGGGCUGCCGCCAUGGUGGUGCUGACGCUGGCGGGCAUGGGCUCCAUGGGGGCGAAGGGCCCCGACAUCACCUGGAUCACCAGCCUGAUGACGGCAGAGGAGCGGCUGCUGGGCCUGCCCCUCGUCAACAUGGUGGCCAACAUCGGCGCCUUUGUGGGGCCCUACAUCGCCGGCGCCCUCCACACCGCCUCCAGAAACUACGACGCAUCGGAGUGGGUCAUGGCUGGGACCAUCCUGGGCUCCGCGCUCUGCGUGCUGGCCUUCCCGUUGCGCUGGUCAACCACAGCCCGCCACCGGCAGCGCCUGCAGCAGCAGCAGCAGCAGCAGCGGCAGGCUGAGGAGGAGGGUGUGGACGGCGGGGCAGGGGAGGAGGGGGAGCAGGAGAAGGAGGCAGAGGAGGGGCUGGUGGCGGCGCCGAGGAGGAGCGGCGGCAGGAUGGAAAGCGGCGGCUACACCCGGCGAGUGGCAAGCUUCAUGGGCGCUCUGGCCCAAGGGAAGGCGUUGCUGGCCUGCCCUGAGCGCAUCAGGUCCCAGCUGCUGUCGGCGCUGGAGCCGCAGCGGCGGCGGCCGGCGCCCCGCCGCGCCGCCUCGUAUGCCUUUGGUGGCGCUCGGCGGCCGCAGUUUGCGGCGGGCGCAACGGCGGCGGCAGGGGGACUGUAUGCUAUGGCCGAGGAGGACGGGCAUGCCCUGGCCCCCGCUGCCACCUACUGA